UAUCUUUUAAUCCAUCUUCAUAGUAUUGACACGCCUUCGCUAUCUAGCAGUACCUAUAUUUGUAUUUCAGACACCUCAUACAUCUAGAGCUGCUAUUUUAUUAGUUUUCCUUUCUAUUGGCCAUGCCAGUUGACUCACACACGCUUGGAGCUACAAAGUACCAGGUCUUCUGUACCAUCCUGGCCGCCAUCGGUAGUUUCAACUUUGGUUGGAACAUCGGUUCCGUGAACAUUCCCGGCGACGUCUUGCAAAACUGUGUUACUGGCCGCAAGUACUACGGCCGCUUCCCGUCUUGCAUCUAUGUCAAGUCCGGAACUGUUUGGGGUCUGGUUGUUGGUUGCUUUGCCAUUGGUGCCAUCAUCGGUGCUGUCGUCUCCAACCCUAUUAUUAACCGCAAGGGAUACAAGUUUGUCCUGUGCUGGUUCGCUCUGCUCAACGUUGUUGGUGCCCUGUUGCUGUCGCUGACCACCAAGAUCCCCCAGUUCAUCAUCGGCCGUCUUGUCGUCGGUAUUGCUGCUGGUGCCGCCAACAACGCCAUGGCGACAUACCGCAUCUUGUUCGCCAUCACUAGUGUCUUUGGCCUGAUCAACUUUGCGCUGUUCCCGUUCGCUCCCGAGUCGCCCAAGUGGCUGGUCAAGAACGGCCGCAUCGACGAGGCACGCGAGGCACUGCAAAAGUUCCGUGCUGGUGCUGACAUCGAAGGAGAGAUGAACGACAUCAUCCAGACUGACAAGGCGAACCGUGAGCGCACCGCCGAUGUCAACGUCAUGCAGGUCCUGCGCGGCCAGACCCCCGACAACCUCCGCCACCAACUGCUCUGUGUGUCGGCGCUCAUGUUCUUCCAACAGCUGUGCGGUAUCAAUGCUGUCAUUUUCUACUCGACGCAGAUAAUCAACAAGUCGACGCAUGAUAACCCUGCCAACAUCCCCACUCUGGCCCAGAUUCUGUCGUUCAUCAUCUCGGUGUGCGCUCUAAUUUUCACUUUCUUCGGAAUGAUCCUUGGCGCCUACUUUGGCCGCCGCACCCUGCUCAUGUUCUCCCAUGGCACAAUGGGCAUCUUUUCCGCUAUCAUGGUCGCUGGCUCAGUCAGGGACAUUACCGGACUGGUGGUGACCAUGGUGUUCCUGUUCAACGCCUUCUUCAACCUCGGUGUCGGAACCAUCCCAUGGGCUGCAGCCUCAGAAAUGACUCCUGGAUAUGCGAUGACCGCCAUGUCUGCUAUUGGUACCGGUAUCGGCUACCUGUUCACCUUCGUCAUCGGCGUCAUUUUCCCGCCCAUGCAGGCUGCUUGGGACAGCUGGACCUUCUUCUUCUUCAUGGCGUGGAACAUUGCUGCUGUCUGCUUUGUCUUCCUGUUUAUCCCCGAGACCAAGGAUCGCCGUAUUGAGGACACGGUCCGUGUUCACUCGGUUGGUAUCCACAUUGUCGUUGGCAAAAAGUGGCAGGUUAGCGCUGCGAGCGAGAAAGAUGAGAUGGCUCGUGCCGAGGCUGCCGACACAGGGGAAUCUCAUGUCGCUGCUGGUGUUGAGGCCUGA